AGUGGAAAUUAGUUACGCAGUCGAUAUAUAUAAAUACUGGUGCUUGUCGAAUAAGAAAAGCUGCGUGGGUUACGCGGGCAGGGACUUGCUUUCAAAGUUUUGCUCAUUAGUCAUAACUACAAGAGAACGCAACCAGCCAGAAUGAACAUCGCAUAUUUAUUGCGCAUACUUCAAAUGCAAAUCGCAGGCUCAUUCGCAUCCAUGCUUAUGGGGCGGGAUCCCGUUUGCAGAAAUGCUUCAGGUUACAAAAGGGAGGCGCAUCCGCACAGCUCCACCUUUCAGCCGUUCUCGUAGACCAGUUUUUUCCUUAAUAAGGCGGCAGGCAACGGGUUCUCGUCCAACGUAAGCUGAGAUUCCGUCGCUAGCCCGGCCUUUCCCUAACUACUCUGGCCUCCUCGUUGUGACACGUGGGGUUGGGUGUCUCCGCGGCUAUGAAUAUGAAUUAGAGCGGGCGUGGCCAGCCUGGGCCUUGAUUGGGAACGUCAUGAAUAUGCAAACAGUGCGAGGAUCGCCGGAGCCUCCGUCGCGCCCCAGAUCACGGAACCUGGGGCUGGCCUUUUUGCUGACUUCUGAGUCGCAGCCUGAUGUGAUGGAUUCUAAGCCUCAGUCGCUGUGUUCUUCAUUUUCCAUUACCGCCGCCAAUGGCCGUAAAGACUCUAAACCACCAUCAAGCAGCCCUGAGAUAGGGGAUGCCCGUCCAAAGCCACCUGUGAAACCCAAGCCUUGUGUUCUUCCUAAGCCAGCAAUACCAGUGAAGCCUGUGCCUGGACAGCGCCAGACUCUUUCUGAGGUGCCUUCUGCAGAAAAGAUCAAUUUGUUGGCUGGGCCUAAGCCGUAUAGCAGUGGAGCUGGCAAUGCUGUAAAGCGCCUUUCCUUUAACCUGAAGUGCUCUUCAAGAGAAGUUACCAAUGGGAAAGAGGUUCCAUCUUCUUUCUCCACUGCAAGCAAGUCUUCUGAAGAUAAAGAAGGUGCUGAGCCCACAAAAAAAUCCAGUGCUAUUGAAAAAACUUCUGAGGAGGAGUGUAGAGAAUCCUCUAGUAUAGUCAGAUGCACACUCCCCUUCAAAGUGAAACCGGUGCCAGUAGCAACUAAGCCAGAGCGUUUUCCUGGGACCACAGUGGAGGAAAUCUUGGCCAAAAUAGAAAAACCCAGUGAGAGUUCACCCAGCUUUGACCGGCCUCGGCUAGUACGCUCUUUCUUCAGCCAAGAUGGUGGGUCAACUGUUCACCUAGGGCCUAAGGGUUAUGUUGCUUUCCGGAAAAGUUUCAGUGGAGAAGAAGGAGUAGGAACGAAUCCAGAAGGGUCUGCUUACCAAGUCUCUUGUGAAAUUAAGGAGAGGAGUUUGUCAAGGAACAAGGAAUUAAAGGAAGAAGACAGGAACUCAAAGGUGUCUGAAUCUCAACAGCCAGAGACAGAGGUCAAAAGAAAUGAGAUUUUCCUUCCUGCAGACAGCAGCUCCAGCCAGCCUAGCAGGAGCUGCAAAGGAGACCAACUUGAAUCCAGCAGUCCGCCAUCUUCUCCUGGUACCAAGUUCUCUUCCAGAGUCACACCCGGAUCUCCUGAUGCCCCUUCUGAAACAACCCAACCCCCUGGUGCUCCAUACCUUCCAACAGAUGUCCCAUGUAGUGAAGCUUUGCUUCCACCAGGCUCCCCUGAUGGGUCUGAUAAAUCCUCCAGAAGUCCUCUGGUAGACUCUGUCAGUCACGUUCAGUUUGCAGAUUCCCCUGUAACCAUUGCAGAUACCUGGCCUCCAGGAUCCCCUGUUAAGACUGCUCCAGGACAGUCCUUGCUUUCAGACUUGGCAGAGGUUCCUGCAAGACACCCUGAGGUCCCUCUUGUCCCUGAGCAUACUGCCAGUUUGAUCCAUUCGCCCAUCGAAUAUAAUCUGCAGUCUCGCCAAUGUCUUACGGGAGUCUCGGAAUCCCCUGGCUCCCCUAGCAUUCUUUCAAAAUGCCAUGUUUGUUCUGAUCAGCCUCCAGGGUCCCCUUCAUGCAUACCAGACACCCUACUCAACAGGGAAAAAGAUUAUCUCAAAAACCAAGCACACAUUCUUCCUCUUGAGGACAAGGCUCCCCUGCUAACUCAGCGGCGUGCUUCAGAGGGGGUGGUGCAACCACAGGGUAAAAAAAUGACUAGGGAAGAACUAGGCGGCUCCUUAGCUGCACUGCCAAGAGAGAAGGACCCAUCAGUAGUGCAGACUUUAGGAGGAGAGUCUAGUUGGAGUCUGUCACAGUCAUUUGAAUGGUCAUUCCCUAAUCAGGGACUGGAGUUGGGUGGGAAGAGAUUACUAUCUCCUCUCAACUCUCCCAUUCAGGAACACGAUGAUGACAACCUCUUGGAAGCAGAAUUGGGCGGAGAGAUCCCUCCCCUUCAAGGAUCAUAUCAAGAGGCAGGUUCAGAGGGACAAAUUGGGAAGGAAGAGGUGACUGAGGCUAGUGAGCCCAGUGGCAAUAAGGAAUCUGAAAGGAACUGGAAGAAGAUUGAGGGGCAGCUAGAAACCGAAUCUACUCUUGAGUUGUCAGCACCUGGUGGUCCCUCUGUUCAGAGAAAGAUUGGUAGCCCUAAUCUAAAGGACCCAGUGGUGGCUGAAGAGGUUACUUUGCAAGAGGAUCAUGAUGACUUCCUCCAGUUUCCCCCAAACCACGAGGAAGAGGCUCUACGAGCAAUGGAGCCAUUACCAAGUGUAGAGCAAAGUGCUCCUCCUGCAGAGCCUUGCAUCUUGUUCUCAGAAGGUGUCCAGGUGCAGACUGCUGAUACCUGUCAGGAAGAAUGUGAUGCCCUGGGUAUGGCACAGGAAGCCAAGAUGGGUAACUCUGACCUACUGGGUGGAGUUGAACCUAAUCCUAAUUCACAUUGGCUAGAUGAGCUUCUGGCAUCUCCUCCACCUAGCGCUGAUGAUACAAAGAGAAAUACACCCCAGGUGGAAGACCCCACAGGACCACAGGAUCUUCUGGGAUGGUCACGGAAGGACCUUCAUAGCGAGUUUGGCAUUGUAGGUGCUGAUCAUUCUAAUACCUUUGGCUUGGGCUGGACUGCCGAUGUAACCAAAGUGAAAUGGCUCGGAGAAACAGAACAGGAUCGAGAGUUUGGCACUGGCUUACAGGACUGGCCAAACUCAUACACUGUUGGUAAUGCCAAAGGUCAGGAUAUGGAAUUUGGUACCAGCCAGCAAGAAUGGGCAGGAGGAUCAGCCAGUCCAGGGCAGGAAGAGUGGCUUGCUUCUUAUGGUAGCCAUUGUGCUGAUCAUCCAACCGAGGAAUCAGAUUGGAGCAGCACAUACAGCAUCAGUGCUGCUGAGGGUCAGGACGCAGAACCCUACGUGAGGAAGCCGGGCUGGCCAAAACUCUGCAGUGCUGGCAGUGAUCAACAGAGCAGUGAGUUUGUUGCAGUUGAGAAGACAGAUUGGAACAGCCAAUAUCAUGAUGAUGAUGCUGAAACAACUGCCUGGCCCAAAUAUAUGGAAAAUAUCAGUUGUCCAGAAUCAGAUGUCAGCCCCGAAUCAGCAAAGCUGCCUAGCGAAUGCACUAUUGAGAGCCAGCUGGAAACAGAGCUCAGUGUCAAACAUUCAGAUGACAGCACCCCAGUUUCUGUGUUCAGUGCCAGCCAUUUAGUCUGGCCUAGUGAAUCUGAUUCUGGCAGUGGUACCAGUCAACUACAAAGAGAGUUCAGUGCUCAUCAAGUGGAACAGUCUAGUGAACCUCAGAACAAUCCAGAAUCUCAGCUUAGUUUUCAGCAGGACUCAAGACCAGAUACAUAUGGCUUUGAUGAUGGCAGCUAUCCAGAGUCUAAAUUGAAUGUCAAACAGUCUGACUGGCCUAGUAGGUGUGAAACAGGAAUUGCUCAAAACCAAGAUGAUGAGUUCAGUGCUGAUAAACCUGACGAAGUCAAAGAAUAUGAUGGUGAAAUAGGUUGUAGUAUUGAAAAAGACAAUGGCAUCAAAGGCAGUAACUCUCAAAUGGAGGUGGACAAUCAACAAUUCUAUGCUCAAAGACCAAUCUGGUCUGAUGAAUAUAGCCUGAAUAAAUUUGAACCACAAGAAGAUUGUUUUGCUCCUGGUAGAGGAGAUUGGAUCAAAGACUCUAAUUUCUCAGAAACUGAACAGAACGAUACUACCAGACAGGAUCUAAUACCUGGAUUUGGCUCACUGGGUUUGUCUGAUCAAAAAGUCACAGUCAAUUUAGAGGAAUCAGUUGACAACCUAAUACAUCAGGCUGGGAAUUUAAUGAAUUUGUCCAUGGAUGAACCCCGAGGAAUUGGAGAAGGUGAAUCUGAAUGCAUUCAACAUCUUGACAUUGGGGAUUUGGCUAUCUCCAGUGAUUUAAAAGUUGAGAGCUUAGAAGCUUAUAAAAAACCUGUGGAGAAGCAGCUUGACUGGGACCUUCCUUUUGGCAUGGAAACUUCAUCUGCCACAUCAAAUACAAGAUCGGUGAAUGCAGGAGGCAGAGAACCUGAUGUUGGACAAGCAGAUUUAAUUAACGAUAUGGAUGUAUCUGACACUAAAAAGGCAGAUGUAUCUGAUUUGAGGCCUAAGGCUUUGGAUGGGACUGAAGUGGUAUAUAGGGAUGAGAGCCAUCACUUGGAGAUUACUGGCUUAGAAGAUGAUGUGAUGCAGCAUCAAGGAGCAACACCAGUAUCUGGAGAGAGCAGAAAAUGCCACAGUCAGCGCCUGUCCAGUCCCAGCUGCCUGUUGGAAGGAAUGGUUUCCAGAAGUGCCAACAGACCAGAGGCCCAGCAGAAGAGGCCUGCCUCUUUCCAUAGCUGCCAUUCGGAAGAAAAAAGGAAACUGAAUAACUUGCCCAGUGAGCUGGUGCCGGCAGCUGACAAGAUUAGGCCAUCUCCAUUCCCACUGGAGGAUGUAGGAGAGGUCUUAUCUGACACGGAUGGUGGCAUCAGCCAGCCGAACAGUGGAAAUUGGAGGCAGCAUCCUGAAGAGCAAAGUGAAAGUGAAGCCACACAACCCAUUUCCCAGGACGAUUUGGAGGGAGCUGAAGCAUUAACAAGAGAAAAUUUCACCUUCUUGGAGGAUACGGAUGUUCUUGAUAAUAGUGCACAUCGGGACCGUGCAAAUUUGGGGCGCAAGCGGGGUCAUCGAGCCCCAAUCACCCGAGCAGGAGGUACUGUGUUAGAGAAUGAUAGGAACAGCUGGAUGUUCAGAGAUUCUACAGAGCCCCAAUUAGUUUCUGCAGUCUCUGAUGAAGAGGUCCACGAGGAGACAAAGAGCAAGAAGUCACGAAGCUCUCCAUUGUCCAAGGGGGUAAAGGUAGCCCUCUUCCCAGGCCUCAGUCCUUCAGCUUUGAAGGCUAAAUUGCGAGGGAGAAACCGCUCAGCUGAGGAAGGGGAACCCCAAGGAGAAGCAAAGGAGGCUGCUGUACAGCGUUCUAAAUCAUGCAAGAUGGGCAGCGCUAGUGGGAAGCCUCUGGUGCUGCCACCCAAGCCAGAGAAAUCCUCAGGUUUAUCCUGCUCUGGUUCUAUAUGGAAUGUCACAAUGAAAUGCACUGAGCAACCUGGAAAAAAAGUGGUCUUUAGAAACUUAGAUUGAGAAGGCUUCUAGUGUGAAUCCUGGCUGACAGAUGGCCACUGUGCAGAAUGAAAGACUGGCGAAUGGACCAGACCUUUGAAUUUGUCCGAAGACGUUGGGAGAUCACCCACAAGUGCUUUGAAUGGCAGUUUCCCUGAGAAGACUGUAAAACAGCAGUCUUCUAUAGGUUUAAGUGCCAGGAGUUGAAGGAGACAGAGAGAUUUGGAAUAUUCCUUAUUUUUGUUGUAAGAUUUGAAAAACAAGUAUAUAAUCAAAUAAUAUGCUCAUGGGGAACAACUGAAAUGGAACGAAAUCCCUGUUAAGAACUGAGGCUUGCUGAAAGUUGCAGAUGGAUACCAGAAGGAACUAAAAGACCAGGCAGAAAAGAGGUAAAAUGACUAAACUGGCUAUAACAUUUUCUUAUCAUAAUAUUUUUUUACAUGGGCUGAAAUAUUAAUUAACAUCUUUUAGAAGACAAGGAGAAAAAAAAAUAAACUUUUACCUGACAUAGACAUUAUAGAGUUUGAGGGUAUGGAAGACCACAAAAUUCACAUGAGCAAAAUGGGAAAACAAAAGAGAAAUCAAGAAAAGAAUCUGGAUAUGGAACAGCCACAAUAAGAAAUUCUGGACAAUGCCUCUUUAUGGGAAGAAAAGGAUCUUUUCGGGAACAUUUGCAAUAAGAAAUCCUUUGCCUCUCUAUGGGAUUUACAAAGUAGGCUGGUGAAAACUUGGAAGACUUCUUUUAAAUUCUAGAGAAUGAUGAAAGAUUAAAUCCUGCAAUGCCAUAGGAAUGAUUUAAAGAUUGUGCAGAGCAAAAAGAAAGAAUAUAAACGUAGACUAUUGGACCAGAGAUAAUCAUCACAUUCAUCGUAAUCUUGUCAAAAUACAAUCAUAUACUAGGAAAUAGCAAUCAUAUUGUUAAAAAUAGUAUUUUCUGCAUUGACAUUAAUUGUAUAACAAUCAAAACAUUUACUAAUCCGCUAUUUGCACAAUUUUGGAAAAUGAAAACCUACCAUCAGACCAGAUUAUAAUUUUGAAAAUCCUAGAUUGUGCAGAAAUGGACAGAUUAACGUUGGAAAUGAAGGAGAAAGAAGAUUCAAUCUUUUAUAAAACCUGGGGAAAAU